AGGAGAACGACCUUGCAGCAGUUGUUAGGACACUUGUCGAUAUUUUUCUCUCUAUUCGUCGAUUUAUUCAACGCUAUUUGCUUCCAACGAUGCGACUAGUUGCUGAAUAUUAGAAGCAAAUCUGUCCAUCAAUUGAGUAUUUUGUUGGAGGAAUCUGCAAAAUUCACACGUCAUUUUGUGAUCAGCUGGUAGUUGAACGAGUUGAAGUUCAAUUGUUGUCUUACAGACAAAACUGAUACCACAAUGAGUGAUGGAAUGUCGCCGAAAAUUGUGGAUGUUGCACGGAGACGAAAAGAGGAGAGAGUCGCCUGGGUCACCACAAUGUCCGCUUCCGCAGUUCUGUUUCUAUCAUGUGGAUUUCUGAUGUCGUUUAGCGUCUUCUUUCUAGAGUUGAAGGUUUAUUUCAACACCGGGGCACACGAAGUCUCGUGGCUGGUGGCAUUGCAGUUCUCAAUAGCCAUGAUAAUAGGUCCACUUUCUGUGAGUAUGUCGCGAAGAUUCGAUUCCCGGUUCGUUGUAUUUGUGGGUGGAUAUACGAUCAGUUUGGGUCUAAUCAUCAGCGCCUUCUCCAACGCAAUGUUCCUGUUGUAUUUCAGCUAUGGCAUUAUGCCAGGUAUCGGCCUAGGACUCGUUAUAUCAUCUGCACUGUCGUCCAUCGAAUUCAAAGCAGACAACCCCAGCCAGAACACUAGGAGGUUGGUGUGUUACACCGGCGCUUCCCUCGGUGGUAUCAUAUUACCGCUGGUGGCGAACUUCUUUAUACAACUUUACGAUUGGUAUGGCGCUCUCCUGCUGCUAUGCGCCUCGAUGCUGAAUAUUUGCGUGUUCUCCAUUCUACUGAAGAGACCGCUAGUUGCCACCGAGAAGCAGAACACAUCAAUGUUUGGAAAUGGCACGACUUCCCUGAAUGGAAGCUACAGAAUGGCCGCAGGCAAUACAGUAACGGAGAAUCAAAACCUAAUCAACGGACAUGAUAGAAACACGCCGAAGGUGGACUACCCACUGGUGAAUGAACUAGCUAUCAUAAGGAAGACACCGAUGUAUAUUUUAUACCUUGUUAUACACGUGCUUGUCGGGAUGGCACUGUUUAUUCCAUCUGUGUAUUUAACUGCUUAUGCCAUCGAAUCCAAUGUGGAUGAGGUGUAUGUCGUCUUUUAUAUCCCUAUGUUAUCACUGGGCGCACUGUUGUCUCACACGGUGAUAACUUUAAAUCCAUUCGACUUUUCUCCGUAUAUCAUCCUGAUUAUAUCCGUUGCCAUAGCAACACUGGGGAGCUGUGCCAUCCCACUGAAGACUACAGCAGGCGUUCUGUUUGCUUUCGCUGUGGUACACGGAUUUGCCAAAACCGUCAUAACGACAACUUUAGAUGACAUUGCUUCGAAGAUGGUCAAGGAAUCCGACGGAACUCCUAGAAUGACGUUGUGUCUUCCAUUGCUCGGCGUGGGUCAACUCGUAGGAAUCGUUUUAACAGGUGUUGCUUUUGACGCAACCGGGACCUAUGACUUGGCUUUCUACGUUGGUGGCGCUUUACUCGGAAUGGUACUGCUGCUAAUACUACCAACUUUAGUACAGCGCUGCCGUGCAGAAGAUACCAACUGUGGAAGAAGGCCAAAGAAAAUCGUUCAAGAAAGAAGGGCUUAUCGAUCAUCGUCACUCUAAAUUAUAUGUUCAAUAUGCCGUCUAGAUAUUGGAGGGGAGGUUGAGGAAGUGGGUUGAGGGGAAUGGUAACUAACAUCAUCGAACUAAAAAGUGUAUCGCCCUCUAAUUAAGAGUGUCAACUUAGCCAAUCAUCAACUGCAGUUCAUGUCUAUGUAUAUAUGGCGAUGUUUUGUGAGUCAGUAAGGUACUUAAAAUGUAACACUUCAUUAUUGAUACAUAUGAGUGUGUCCCACACAUACAUAUUAAUACAUUAUCGUUUUUAAUCCAGUGUGCGAACUUUUAACUUUUGGAAUAAAGAACCCAGAUAACCAUUUUAAUCACAA